UAGAGUGUUUUAUCAGUGUAUGAGUGGAGAAGGAAGGUGUCCAGAGAUAAGGGAGAAUGACGAAAUGAAGAUGGGCAAGUAUGUUAUCCACAGAGUUAUGUAGAAUUGUUCGAGUCGAGCAUCAAUCAUUCGUCGCUUUGCUCCAGGAUGAUCACUACCCCUCCGUUAAAUUCUAGACAAGGCUGAUAAAUAAUAACGUAACGAAGGAUUCUUGUUUAACCUUGAUCAACGUGUUCACACACCUGGAAGACCAUUCAAUUGUUUCAAUGGGACAUUCUCCUGAUGAACUAUGCAUGUGAUGAAGAACAACCGUAUAUCCUUACGCAUCUCCAUUGUCCACGAAAUAAUAGACUUUUUAAACUGCAGUACAAUUGUGGACCAUAAUCCAAUCAUAAGGCGUGGUUGUAGAGUGUCUCUUGGCUAAUGAUACCCUUAUUGGGUCUUUAUUCUCGGGUGCGUUAUUGUUCAGAAUGAACAAUCUUCACUCUUUCAAGUCGCCGAAUCAUCAAAGAGGGACGGCCUAGGACAAGAAAAUCUAGGAUCGAUUUGUCAUCUAGAUCUUGAAUAGACAAUGGAGCGGUCUUAAAGUUCCAUGUUCAGACAAAUCGGUUGAUUUAACUUUUACUUUCAGAAAACAAGUCCGCUUAAGAAAAACAUCGAUUGAUACAAUAGCCGAUUGAAAAGAAACAGAUCUUGAACAAACUCUGCUUUUGACUUUUUUAUAUAGAUUGAUUGACUUAUUAAGUAACUAAAGCAGACGAUACGGCCUUCCGGGAGGUAAUCUGUUGGAUUCCGAGUUGUUCUUUUACUGCCGCUACUGGUUGUAAAUUCCCUGCGACUUUUACGAGUUCCCAUGAUGCCUUGCGAAUUGGUUAAAGAGCUAGGCUUAGAUCAUCACAGGAGCGAUAGUCCUUCACACAUGAAGAGACUUACAAACGGUUCACUGCUUGGAACAUCGCAGGACUCUAAUAGCACGAAACUCCGACGCCAGCCAUAGAAAAAGAAAAAAAAUAAACUUGAAAGAGGAACCAAACUACUUAAAAAAUAACGACUUGAGGAUUAAUUAUUUUGGAACAUACGAUAUUUUAGAAUUCAAUCGUUUCAUUGAUUACACGAGGGAUAUUCAAAGGUAUUGCAGCAAGAAAGGUUGGAACUUCGCAGCCAGGGGAAACGUAAAGGGGAUAAACUGUUUUAUUUAUUUCAGUCUCAUAAAUGUACCCUGAGUUUGUCGUGCAUAGCUGACACAUACAGCACGGAAUCCGUGUUUUCCUUUUUUUUUUAAUAGUGAAAAUGUGGAGGUUGUCUGACACAAUGCCGUGGAGAUACUAUACGGAAUAUUUUCUUUUGCUCUUUUCCCUCGUGUAUUUUUUUGUAGGAUGUAACACAAGCGCUUGGCUAGCAUUAUCAGCGAUCCACGCUUCGGGGAUUUCGUCAAUCAAAACAUCGGAUUGUGACAACUUACCUGGGCUGAUUAACAAGCAGAUCCAGAUAUGUAAGCGAAACGCGGAAGUUAUGACAAGCGUUUCUGGCGGAGCGGAAAACGCGAUCCACGAGUGCCAAUUCCAGUUUGCUAACCGGCGAUGGAACUGCUCUACUGUUGAUGAACAGUCCAACGCAGUCUUUGGAAACGUUCUUGAAAACGGAACACGUGAAGCUGCGUUUGUACAUGCCAUAGCGUCUGCGGCGGUAGCACAUUCUGUUACGCGAGCGUGCAGUAGUGGGGAUUUGUUGAAAUGCGGCUGCGACAGGACUGUGACGGGAACGAGUGAAGAAGGCUUCACAUGGUCAGGCUGUUCAGACAACGUCGCAUACGGUGUCCUAUUCUCCCAAUCAUUCGUCGAUUCCAGAGAAAAAAAGAACAAAAUGAAAUACGAUCGCUACCUCAUGAAUAUUCAUAAUAAUGACGCAGGCAGACGGUUGAUAGAAAAUAAUAUGAGGACGGAGUGCAAGUGCCACGGAGUAUCGGGCUCAUGCGAGAUGAAGACGUGCUGGAGAGCCAUGCCCACGUUUCGCUCCGUCGGCGAGAAAUUAAAGGAGAAAUUCGACGGUGCAACAGAGGUUGUUGAAGUAAAAAGCAGCGGUAAACGGAAGUACCUUCUUCCAGCAGACGAGAACUUCAAGCCGUUCACUUCGACCGACUUGAUAUACCUUGUACCGUCGCCGGACUUUUGUAACCCUGACCGUGCCACCGGCUCACUUGGUACAAAAGGAAGAGAAUGCAAUAAAACCUCAAAAGCAAUGGAUGGAUGCGAUCUGAUGUGUUGUGGACGUGGGUUUGACACGUACCAAGAAACUAUCACAGAACGUUGUAGUUGUAAGUUUCAUUGGUGCUGCUACGUAGAGUGCAAACAAUGCAAGAAAACCAUAGAAAUUCACAAAUGCAAGUGAUAGGCAUCAAAAACAGAUUUCACAAGCAAACUCAAAGACAGUGCUGGUCCAACAGUCGAAAUAUAAAAAAUCUAACCUCUACAAACUGGAUUUUGAAUUUUGUGUCACUCUGUAUCGGAAUUUCCUGCAGGUAACGAAACGCGGAUCAACAUUUACAUUUUGCGAUAAUUUUCUUGAACAUAGAGGGUGAUAUUUUUGGAAAACGGCAAUUUUUUUACGUCGUUUUUGCCACGGUAACAGGAAACGCGAUGUUAUUCCCGCUUCAUUUCAUUUAUUUCGAUUUUGAUGCGUAACAAUAACAUUGCAAGAUAAAACUAAAUUGAAUUACUUUUCUAAAUUUAAUAUUUUAUCUUGUAUUUAAGAUUUUCUGUUUUUGAAAGCAUGAUAAAACCUAAUGUUUCCAUAAUUUAAUAAUAUCGAAAAUAUAAUUAUACAGUAUUCAGGGGGAAAAUAAUAGUAACAUGUUUAAUAAACUGAAUACUUGCAAGAUUUGGUCAGAUAUUUGUAUUUCUUAGUUAUAAACAACUAUUAAAAAAUUUCUUAUUUAUAUUAUGUACGGUACUUCAGUAAAUUGUAAUAUAUAGAUUGUGUUUUCAUUGUAAUAAUGAGUGCGGCUCUCUGAUAAAGAAAAUCAUAUUUUCAAUUAUAUAAUGUUAAUAGAAUGAUUGCAUACAUAAAAAAAGAGAUUCUGAUGUUAAAAUUAUGUAAAAACUGAUUUUAGUGCUAUAUUUAUAUUAUGGUUUUUAGUCCACCUACGUGACGGUUUCAAGAUAAAAUUAACAUUUAUUUUCAUAGUUUACUACAUAAAUUGAUUACUCUGCUGUAGUAAUUGUAUUAUGAAUAUUAGAUAGAAUUCUUUAUAUUGUUAUGAAUAAUAAUAUAACAUUAUUAUAUAAAAAGUUUAUUAUUGUACUUUUUAGCUAUAUCAAACAAUAGGAUUAUUAUUUGUUACAAAUGCAAUGACUUAACCAUAAUACAGGGGCGGCUGACGUUGUCGAAAAUAUCUUGCAAAUGUAAGAAAGAAGGUUUUUUACACUGUUGAUUGGAAAAUAAAAGCAAAGAGAAAGAGAAUAGAAAGGAAAGAGAAUUCUGACCGAAGUGUGCACGCUGUAAAUUCGUACUACUGAAAUUAACGUGCACCCAUUGCAACUUUACAACAAAUAAACAAAACAAAACCGUGGUGGGUGCACACUCUUGCAUUAAGGUCAUCAGAUGGUGGUCCUCCAAUAGCUGCGUAUUAGGGGACGUAAAGUUCAUUUACGCACAAAACGAAACAUUUUCACUUUUUAUACUCUUUUAUGAAUUUUAUUAUUGUAGCUAACUUUAGUUGGCUCCUCAGAGAUUGAACUAUACACUGUGGUAAGCUAUUCAGUGCGUGACCUAAUUUAAAUAAUUAUAUACCAGUACGCGCUUCCGGUCAUUUAGGAUACACGGUACUCAAGAGCUUAUGAACAAAUCGCUUUAAAGCUUAAUGUAUUCUUAACAAUCACCAAUCUAUUUAAUAUUGUGAAUUAGUUUGCUGUUAUAUUCUUGGUACUCAACAAAGUUAGUGGUACAAACGCUCAAGCGUACGGUAACCUAAGUCCUUUAUGAAAGUGUAUUUUUCAACGAAAGCGACCCUUUUAAUUAGUUUAAUAAUAAUAAUAAUAAUAAUAAUAAUAAUAAUAAUAAUAAUAAUAAUAAAAAAUAAUAAU